GCCACGCGCUCGCCGCCGUCCCAACACACAAGCUCAGAGCAUUCCGAACAAGCACCGCCGCCGACGCAUCUCGAGUAGUUUCCAGUUCGCCGGAGAAGGAGCAAGAUGGCCGGAAGGAAGGGCGGCGACAGGAAGAAGGCGGUGACCCGCUCCGUAAAGGCCGGGCUCCAGUUCCCCGUCGGCCGCAUCGGGCGCUACCUCAAGAAGGGCCGCUACGCCCAGCGCGUCGGCUCCGGCGCCCCCGUCUACCUCGCCGCCGUCCUCGAGUACCUCGCCGCCGAGGUCCUGGAGCUUGCAGGCAACGCUGCCAAGGACAACAAGAAGACGCGCAUCAUCCCGCGCCACCUGCUGCUCGCCGUCCGCAACGACCAGGAGCUCGGCAGGCUGCUCGCUGGCGUGACCAUCGCCCACGGUGGCGUGAUCCCCAACAUCAACUCUGUGCUGCUCCCCAAGAAGUCCGCCGCAGCCGAGAAGGAGGCCAAGUCGCCCAAGAAGAAGGCCGCCACCAAGUCCCCCAAGAAGAAGGCCGCCGCCACCAAGGAGUAGGCGCCCCAUAGCCUAGUUCCAUAAUCAGCGAGAAGAUGACGAGAGCCUUUUUUUUUUUUUUUGCGGGAUUGGAUCGAGUAUGUAAUUGCCUAGUCUGUAGUGGCUCGUUCAUUACCUUGAUGAGCAAGCCAUUAAGGGCUGUGUUUUGUACCUGAUUAAUGUCGAGAAUGGCUAAAUCCUUUGCAAUCA